AUGGGGAAUGUAUUUUGCUAUGAACGAGUAUUUAUAUAUAAAUGAAAAGGAUGAUGACAAUAUUCAUUGGAAAUAAUAACUUGAAAGUACUUGUUAGGUAAUGAAGAAAUAAAUGUGUUGGGCUGAACCUAUUUUAAUUUAACUUAAAGAUCUAAGGGUAUCAAAUAAGUAUUAGAAAUAAUUACAUUCCUUUGCUUAGAGUUAUGAUGAAUCAUCAAUUUCAGAUAUUUAAAAGUCUUAUAAAUCUAGAUAAUCUUUAAAAGAAGAUAGAAAUAUAUAAACUAUAAUUAAAAGAACAGGAUUUACAGAAGAAGAUCUAGUUGAGAAUUUUAUUAAACCUAGUAGAGCUUCUUUUAAUUUAAGUAUUUAAUCAGUAACACCCUCCUAUAUUUAUCAUGAGAAAACAUCUAAUAUAGGAAUGGGUGGAUCAUAAGUGAAUUUUUAAGAUUAGAUGUGUUUUUUUGUUUAGAUUACAGAUAAAAUAAAAGAACAUUUUGAUUAACCAAAUGAAUUAGGCAUAAUGAUAAUUCAUUUUAGACAUUCUAUAAAUUAAUAACAUUAAGAUCAUACAUUUCAAUAUUUACAUGAAUAAUUGACAUUAUUUUGUAGAACUCUUUAUGAAACUAUCGUAGUCUAUUAUGAUAUGAUAAAUUUAAAGAAGAAGUAUCAAGUACAUGCUGUUUUAUUAAAUGAAGAGACUAUGUUAAAUUUUAUUGUUAAUUAUGUAAUGUCAAAUGAAGGGAUAUAUAAAGUAUUAUAUAAUUCUUUGUUAAAAGAGUUAGGUUAAAUUUAAAAAUAGACUGAAUAAUUUUUUAAACAUAAUUAAAAUAUUAGUGUAGAGGACAUGGAAAUUCCUAAAGAUUUUUAAUUGAAAUCUUAAUAAAAUCCAUAUAGUUAAGCUAUAAAAACAUUAUAGAAAUUAAACAAAAAAUAUGGUCCAUCUUCAAAAGUGAAGGUGAUAAUCAAUUUUUCAUAAUAAAUUUAAUAACAUGUAAGAGAUGCAAAUGAGAAUAGAGGAUCUAGUUUGCUUAUGUAGGCUGAUGAUCUUUUGCCUAUAAUAAAAUACAUUUUGAUAAAAUCUUAAAUCUAUGAUAUUGAUGUUCAUCUUACUUACAUAGAAAAAUUGAUAACUAAUGGAAUGCUUAAUUCAACUAGUGGUUAUUAUGUGGUGACAUUAUAGGCAGCUUUAUCUUCCUUGAGAAGUAAUUUAAAUUAAUAAUAAUUUAAUUAAUAAAAAUGAAUAUUGUAUAAUAAUAUCGAGCAAUUAUAUAUGAUCUUCUCAAUGUAAUAUAAGAAUAGCAAAAUCCAAUUUUGGAUAAUGAUAUUAAAAAGAUAAAAGAAAGAUUUCAUUAAUUAGAGUUAUAAAAUCGUCCAAGAAGAAUGUCAGAGAACAAGAAACUUUCAAGGUUAUAUUCUAUUCCUUAAAAGCCAAAAAUAAUGUAAAAUAACUAAAUCAGAGCUUAAUCAACUGCAUAUCAUUAACGAUUUAUAUCAUUGCAUACUUGA